CCUAGUUUUGAUUUCAUGUUGAAUUCAUAUUCAUAUAUUUGCAUUGUGUUUUUCCUCAGAGAUCAUCUCUUCUGCAAGCUCACGUUACGUCACAUCAACCGUGUGCCGCAGCAUGUUCUGCGUCACGUCAGCGGCAGACGCUACAGGAGGGCUCUGGAGCAGUACGAGGAGUGUGUCCGGCAGGGUGUGGAGUUCGUUCCUGUGCAGCUCAAGAAGAAGAAGAGACCCAAAGAGGCCGCAGGAAGUGAGGGUCGGGCCGCAGGAAGUGAGCGACGAGCCAGCAGGAAGCAGGACAGCGGCGUCUGGACCCCGAACUCGAGCAACGGCGAGGACAGCGACUCCUCGGACAGCAUGUCCGAUCUUUACCCACGUCAGUGCCACACUUCGUUAAUAAUGAAUAAUCGCGAUUAAUCACAUCGAUUAAUCACAUCCAAAAAUA